UAGGUAGUAUAUCUCUCUAUUUAGUUUGUGGUUUGAGUUUAAAUUGAGAGACAACGUUGUGUCAACGAUCUGUGACUUAUUUCUAAAGUGAGAUACCUAUACAGACAGAUUCAAAACAAAGAGUAUACCUAAUAUUCACUGCGAACUACAUCAAAAUAUAAAGUGAGUAUGUACUAGCAGCUUAUAUAGCUCAUAAUGUAAAUGUAGUUAUUAAAUUAAACAAAUGAGCAAAAUCCAUGAUCACAACUGUUAUAUGUAAAUAAGGGAGGGAAUGCAUGUUCAAUUCUGCAAUAAAUUGUAAAAAUGUUGAAAAAUCCUAGGCAAAUAGAAGAAGACUUGGAUAGUGACAAUGAGUUACCAAAUGAUUACAUUGAAGAAACUCCAGACAUUCCAGCCUAUAAAAAUGAUAGACGCUUUGAUGUUAUCCAUUUCCCAUGGGUUCAAAAGUUUCUCAAGAAAAAUAUUGAGAAAUCAACAGAGGCUUGGAAACCGUAUCUCUACUCCACCAUAAAUGAAAGAACUAUAUUGAAAAAAACAAAUGAACUAAAAUGUGGUGAAAAAUUACUUGUCACAGAAGGUGUGCUUACACAAGGUGAUAUACUUUGUUUGAAAUGUAUAGAAAGCUCUUGUUCCGACUCUACACUACUGUGGCUGGUCAAUUUCUUCAUUUAUAAAGAUCUACAAUCUAACUUUGACUUUCUAAAAACAUGCUUAGUUGGAAGAUUUGGAAAAUUAUAUGAUAUUUCAUUAGACACAUGUUCUAAGGUACACAAUUUUGAGAUACUAAUAGAAAAUGAAAUGAAGAAAGAAAAUAAUAUCUAAAUGACAACAUGAUUGGCAAAUUAAACACAUAACAACUUUUAUAUCAUACUGUAUUAUUAAAAAAGCAGUAAAUAAUAUAAUAUGUUUUAGUAUUA